CGUGCACUUGCCCGUCCCUCGUCGACCGGACGCGUGAAGACCCAGAUGUUCUUCCGCAAGAAAAUCUUCCGUGGGUUCGCCCUCCUGCUGGCGACGACGGUGAUGUUAAGCCACAACUUCCUAUCUCGCGUGAAUGACAGAUCCUCCGCUGGGAAGGAGGAGUCGGCGAGGUCUCCCCACCAGGAAGGAGACCACGCCGAGCCUCCUGCGAUUGUCCUGAACGAGGAAACGAAAGAAAAUCGUGUCGAAGAGACUGAAACGAAAGAAAAACGCGUCGAAGAGACUGAAACGAAAGAAAAACGCGUCGAAGAGACUCUAACAACGCGGAGAAAUCGAGUGAGGGAAAUGUGCAAGCAGUUUAAAGUCGCCGAAGACGUAGCUUAUACAGUAAACAGAAGACAUUACUAUUUCUUCGAUUACAACGCUACUGUGUGCGCCGUGCCCAAAGCAGGUUCGUCGACAUGGAGGGUGCACGUGAGACGAAUCAACGGUGGUCCUCCAGCAAACGUUUCUGUCGAGGAUGACAAACGUCGACAAACGUUUCUUCAGUCUGGUCUCCGUCAGGUGGUGGCCAGCACGGUCUCUUCGUCCACGCUUAUUAUGUCUGUAAGGCACCCACUAACACGCCUCGUCUCUGCUUACCGGAAUAAAUACGAUGAUGGUAAGCCUAUGCGAGGUUAUAACAGAAAACGUGAGGAGGAGAAGUUGAAGGUUAUGCAUACGCCAAGAUGGAAUGAGAAUUUCCACCAGUUUUGGAUUCCCGCCAUGAUCACCAAUGGACUACUGACUCAAAAUAUUUCGGCGGAAAUUGGUCUGGAUUUCAUCUUCGAACCCGAGAAAUUGUACGAUCCCUCGGUGUACCUUAAGAUAUUCAAGCUAAAACGACCCGUAAUCACCUUCAUCCAAUUCUUACGUCACGUGAUCACCACCCACAAGAACCAAUCACCUGACAAUCACUGGAAAACAUCUGCUAAUUCUUGCUCCCCGUGCACCUUCCCGUAUGAAUACAUCGUCAAGACUGAAACGUUUACUGAAGACCUGGAUUACGUUUUUGGCGCGCUGAGGCUCCCAUCCAAACCCAGAGUCGUCCAAAAUCAGAUCAAAUCCGGCAGAAAUAAGGAUAAGAAAGACCUCAGAUACUACAAAAGAGUACCCCAGGAUAUCAGAAGGCAAAUCUACGACAUUUUCAAAAUAGACUUCGAGAUGUUUGGAUACGAGUUGCCGCCGAGUUUUCUCAAGGGACCCUGA